AUGGCUCAGUCAAUCCCUCUCUCCCGCUGUUCAACAGCAAUCUCCUCCCUCCGCUCCUCCUCCGUUCACCUCGCUUCUCGCCCCAUCCAGACCUCCUGCAUCGCCCUGCAGUCUCGCCGACUAUACCACAUCCACAGCUCCUCGCGCCGCUCAAUCCGCCCAUCAAUCCAGGCGCAAACACCACGAUCCUACCCUCCGCCACCCAGAAAGUCCUACCAUUCGGAGCACCACCCCGAGCUGCCCCCCCAUGAAUACACCAACUCGCAGACCACCAUCCUCUCCGCCGCACUCAACCAUGUUCCCAAGCACGGCUUCACCCCCGAAGCGCUGACGCUGGGUGCGCGUGACGCCGGCUUCCUCGACGUCUCCGUGCAGCUGCUCCCGCGCGGCGAAUUCGAUCUCAUUCUGUUCUGGCUGGCAAGUCGCCGUGGUCUGCUGCGGGGAAAAGUUGAGGAUGGAUUGUUCGAGAAGUAUGCGCGCGAGGGAAGGGUGUUGUCGGUCGAAGAGAAGACCAAGAUACUCAUUAUGGAGCGGUUGCGUAUGAACGCGGAUAUCAAACAUCAGUGGCAGGGGGCUCUGGCGACCAUGUCCCUCGCGGGAAAUAUCCCCCUCUCCCUGUCCGAGCUCCACGCUCUAUCCUCCGAUAUCCUCAAUCUCGCCGGCGACACCUCCGUCGAUGCCUCAUGGUACACCAAACGGCUAUCCAUCUCCGCCAUCUACGCCAGCGCCGAAGUCGUCAUGACCAAGGAUUCGAGCCCGGAACUCUCCGCCACAGAGGCAUUUGUCGAGCGCCGGGUUGAGGAUAACAAGUACAUCGGGGACAAGAUCACCGGCAUCAAGCAGUGUCUGGGCUUCAUGGGGUCGACUGCGGUUGGACUGGGCAGGAGCUGGGGUUUGAAAAUCUAG